UUCGAGAUAAAAACUGUGUCGCUAUACGUCGGUCGGGACUGUCAACUUCUGAAAUAUGGAGGUCAGUGUAGAAAGCUUUGGGAAAUAAAAAUGCAAAACAUAAAAAAAAAAACUAAAGUUUGUACAAAAUCCAAAUAUAAAUAACACGCGCCGCUGGAUCGUACUAGUUAAGCUAAUUAAGUUAACAUUUAUAUAAAAAGGUAUUGCGUCAGUUUCCAUAUUACGAGAAAUCACAUUCAUAUUAACCAGAACUAGAACAACUAACUCCAAAAUGGUGUUAAAAUUCCUGGAUCGUUUAGAAGACCCAAAUAAUCCAUUAUUAGGGCCAACUGUAUUGGCUCUCCGAUACGGAGGAUUAUGGCAAAAAGAUCGAGUCAAACACUUUCUGUACAACUUGGUGCAUUUUAUAGCAUUCCUAUUUGUUGUAUCCCAAUAUGUGGAACUUUGGAUUAUUAGGAAAAACUUAGAAAUGGCUAUGAGGAAUCUGUCAUUAACUAUGCUCAGUACCGUUUGCGUUUUUAAAGCCUGCAAUUUGAUGCUGUGGCAAAAUUCCUGGAAGGAGCUCAUUGACUAUGUAUCUGAGUUAGAAAGGUCCCAACUGUCGAAAAACGACCCUGUAGUGAACAAAAUAAUUUCUGACUACGUAAAAUAUGCGCGAAGGGUCACAUAUCUUUAUUGGGCUUUGGUAACUGCAACUGUUGUCACCGUUAUCUUAGCACCCCUUUUCAUUUACUUAUCAUCCCCAAAUUACCAGGAGAGUAUAAAAAAUGGUUCUGCACCAUAUCCAGAGAUAAUGAGCUCUUGGACUCCAUUUGAUAGGUCCAGAGGCUUGGGUUUUUGCGGAGCCACUUUGUACCAGAUGUUGGCUUGUUUCUACGGAGGCACAGUGGUCGCAAAUUUCGACUCUACCGCUGUAGUAAUAAUGACGUUUUUCACUGGACAGUUGAAGGUAUUAUCUGUUAAUUGCGAACGACUGUUUGGUGAUGGUAAUGAGCUAGUUGAUUAUGAUGAAGCUGUGAAGAGGAUUACGGAGUGUCAUUUGCAUCAUUAUUAUAUGGUGAAAUUUUCGUCGGUACUAAAUUCAUUACUUUCUCCAGUUUUGUUUUUGUAUGUAAUUAUCUGCUCUCUAAUGAUAUGUGCGAGUGCUGUACAGUUAACAACGGAAGGUACGGGCAAUAUGCAGCGUAUUUGGAUUGCGGAAUAUCUCAUGGCCCUCAUAGCGCAACUAUUUUUAUAUUGUUGGCAUAGCAACGAUGUACUGUACAUGAGUAAUAAAGUUGAUGAUGGAGUAUACAGCAGCGCUUGGUGGUCUCAAAACGUGCGCAUUCGUAGAAGUUUGCUCCUGCUAGGAGGGCAACUACGCAGACCUAUCAUAUUCACUGCUGGGCCAUUCACUUUACUCAACAUGGCUACUUUUGUCGCUAUUCUGAAAGGCUCGUACAGCUACUACACGCUUUUAGCAAAGAAGGACGAUUAAUUUCAACAAUAUAUUCAAAUCAAAUGUACCGUAAUUUGAUUUGACGCACAUUUCUCUGUAUUUUGCGAUUGGAAAUUCGAUGUCAAUAAUUAAGCACUAUUGAAUGUAGUUUAUAAUUUAAAUUCUGUGUAAAAUUAAAUUACGCA